GGAGAACGGGGUGAUCCACAGUGUCAGAAGCAGCAGAGAGGCUGAGGAGGAUAAGGAUAAGGAUGGAGCAGAGCCCUUUGGAUUUGGCAGGAAAGUGGAAGGGAGGAACGAGGAGUCCGAGGGCAGGGACGUCUCGUAGGAUUGGUCUGUCGAAUCCAUUGCCCAGCCCCUCUGCCCCAUCUCACUGACCAAACUUGAACUUGAGCCGGGAUCCAGCGGGGUCGCGACCUCUGGACACCCUCUGACAAGCCACAGCUGGGGAGAUCAAAGGUGGACCAGCCGGGUAAAUGGGAUAGAUGUGGCCUCCGGCCCGGCCGGCCGGGGAGUUGGGGGGCGGAUGAGAGGCUAGCGGAGCGAGGUGGGCUCUGACCCUGCUCGGAUCUCGGGCCCCUGGCCCUGGAAGGCCACUGGGGUGACUCACACCGAAAUGGGGAAGGAAGAGGCGAUGAGCCUGGAGCCUGGGCAAUAUAGGGCAGGACGGGAAGCGACCGUGCACAGAGAACGGGAGUCUGUCUGGGAACUGGGGCCCCUGUGAGACUGUGUGAUAAGAUGGGGCAGCUCCUGAGCCUGAUCCUGCUGAGCCUGAUCCUGCUGGGGCUGCUCUGCAAACUCUCCUCUGCCGUGCCAAACCUGACCGCGCCCCACUCACUGGCGGGCACUUGGAAAGGGGCGAUGCGCGUACCCUGCUCCUACGUGCCGGAGAGCGGCUACACGCAGAUCUCGGUGGAGUGGACCGUGGUGCGGAACUACCACCCCGCCACCGUAUUCCUGCGGGACUCUUCGGGAGACCACGUGCAGCAAACCAAGUUCCGGGGCCGACUGGAGGUGAGCCGGCAGCCCCCCGGGGACGUGGCCCUGACCCUGAACCCGCUAGAGAUGGACGACCAGGGCUACUACACGUGUGCGGUCACCUGGCAGAACCAGGCUGGCCAACUCAUCAAGGCGGACGCCGGCAUCGACGUGCGUGUCCAGAAGGUGGCCGCGACGAAACCCACGGUGACCACGGGGUCUGGAUCCGGCUUCUCCGUGCCUCAGGGCAUGCGGGUCAGCCUCAAGUGCCAGGCGGACGGGUCUCCGCCCAUCUCCUACCAGUGGUUCAAAGGAGAGCCCGGAGGUGACGCGGUUCUGGUCAACCAGCUGGCCGGCCUCCUCUUCAAGCCGGCUGUGGUAACGGACACCGGCUCCUACUUCUGCAGAGCCAAGGGGCGCGUUGGGGCGGUGCAGCAGAGCGACGUGGUGCACUUUGUGGUCACAGACCCCAAGAAGCCAGCUGUGCCCAUGCUCCCCACUGCAGGGCAGGAGACAAAGAAGACAACACUCUGGCCAGUAACCCUCCGGCCACACAUGGAGAAUGUGACCAGGACAACCAGGAUGACCUCAGCUCCUGGACCCCCCUGGGGGACCAGUGUUGGACCUGGUCCGGCCUCACUGAGCCCCGAGGGCCACGUGGGCCACCCGGGCGCUGCCAGCGAAAAGACAGGUGGCUUGGGUCUGCCCUUCUUCGCCAUCAUCCUCAUCGUAGUUCUGUGCUGCGCGUUGCUGUCCACUCUGGUCUCCAUACUGUUCUGCAGGCGCAAAUCACAAGGCGGGCACAUUUAUGAUGUGGCCAGGCUGAGCAGUGCAGGUGGGCCCCAGGUCAGCAUCUACAAGGGCGCGGACCAUCCAGAGGCAGAAGCAAACGACUACACCACGGCACCGGAACCUCAGCCCGUGGCCGGAGGUGACUAUGCCCAGCUGCUGCCCACCAUCGAGUCAGAAUACGAGCUGGCAGAAGGCGGGAAGAUCUGAGGCUGGCAACCUGGAGCUGCCACCUGUCCAUCCAGGCUGCCGUGAAGUUGGAGAGGACACGGCCCUCCGCUCCCACCCUCCACCCCCUAUCACCGUCCAAGCCCCCACCUUCUCCCACCGCCCCUCACCGCCCUGCCUGGCCCAAGACCCCUGGGGCGGGGGUGAGGCCAGGCUGGACUUUCUAUCCUUUGCUUCCUCUCUGAGCAGUCCAGGAGUCUGCGGACCCCAGACCCGCCUGUCCUCCAGGGCAACCCCCGCCGGCUGGCACCAUGCACUAAGCUAAAGUCCUGCUCUGGAACGGGGAGCAGGGACACAAAGCCAUCAGCUUCAUCCUGUGCCCAUGCUGGGCAGGAACCAGCCCCGCAUCCGCACUCAAUAAAAACUGGAAAACCCAGUGGUCCCCUGCCAUCCCCAGUGCCACGCAGAGCCACUUGAAGGCAUGCUAUUCUAUGGGGGACAGGACCCGGCUGGUCUGCCGGCAUAGGAAGCAAAAUUCUGGACCUUCCCACCCACGUGGCUGAGGUGCUGGCUAGCAGACAGGGAGCCAGGGGCCGGGCCGCGGCUUCCCCGGACCCCGACUGUUAGCCAGGGCCUUGUGCAACUCAUCUCCUGCUCCCCAUCCUCAGAGAGAGCCAGUGGUGUUCAGAUCCUAGCUCAAACUGACUCUCUAUCAUCCCACAGCAAGAGACACCCAUUGCGUGACUAGGGCUGAGGUUAUUGGCCAGGGACCCUCAGACCCUACCCCUCUGGUGGACAAACCCAAAGACCAAGAGACAGCCGACCCCAAGGACCCCUGCCCCACUGUCUGAUUCACACUAGCCCCGCGGUUCAUGGGAGCACUGCCUAGAGGGUGGAGCGAUCUUGGUCACUUUCUUCUCCCCCGGCACCAUUCACAGUGCAGGCUAAAUAGGUGCUCAUGUGUUAUGUAUGUAGGAAUUGGGAAUCAUGUAGGAUCACAUCUGGUAGUCAUGGUGAGGGCACAGGUCAGCCCCCAGGUGAUCACCUCCAUCUCCAUCCCCCUGGGUCCCUCCUCAAUUUCCAAUUCUCAAUAUUUUCUUGGGCCUCCUCUGUUCUUCCCACACAGUCCUGACAAUGAUCUGGCUGCCCAAGAAAUGAUCCCCCUUCAACUCAACAUUGUCUCUAGAUCUCCCUUGUGCUUUGCAACCAGGUAGCUGGUCUCCCUGGAAAUAGGGAAACUCUCCCUAUCAGAGGUACCUCCAAGUUCCCGGCUGCUCCAAACACCUCCCCAUCCCAGUCUGAAGGCCCUGCUAAGUCACUCUUCCAGCUCCUUCCCGACCCCAAGGGAGCCGGAUUCCUGGGGUGGAAUGGUGGUGGUCGUGGUGGAAUGGUGGAAUGGGGAUUUGGGGGUUUGGAGGGCAGGGAAGAAAGGAGAUGAGUGAUACCAUUGUAGCUGCUGCCUUUCCCUGCCACUGGCCCCUGGACAGAAACAGCCCUCUGGAUGCCAGCCCCAGACACCCAAGACGGGUGAGGUUUUCCUCCUCCUCCUCCUCCUCCUCCUCUUCCUCCUCCUACAUCUUUCCAGCUUCCUCCACUUCCUAACCUCCCCACCACUGCUCAUUCUCCUCCAUCUCUUCCUCUCCCUACCAAUAAUUAUGAUGUUAAUUAAAUGCUUACUCUGUGCCCUGCCCCAGGGGAGAUACGAGAUUGUCAAAUUGGACACAGUCCUUCCCCAUAUGAGGUUCACAGAGGGUGGCAGAAUGAGAAUGCUAUCCCCAUUUUACAGAGAAGGAAACUGAGGCAAAGAAGAAGUUAAACAACUUGCCCAAAGUCGUCCAGUAGGCGU